GGACACAGGAGACCAGAGUCAAGGCAUCGGUGGAAAACUGGGCCAGAGAAAGUGCUCCUUUUAAGGAGGGGACCGUUUUGAGGGAGGAGGUAAGCAUUGGGGAAGUUGUUGAAGCCGUGGGCUAGCACAACAUCAGGAUAGUUCUGAGUGAGGAGCACAUGGAAGGGGAUCCCCAAGAUCAAGAGGAGGAUUCUGAAGCCCAGAGGAGAGCCUCUUCCCCUCAGUCCUCUGUGCUGUGGGAGAAGUGUAUCCGGCAGAGUAUCUUUGUGGACCUGAGUGAGGAUGAGAGUCUCCACUUCAGUGACCUGGAGGGCUCCUUCACGGUGCAUCUCUCCCAGGCAGAGUCGGCUGUCUCAGGGAACAGCAUCCAUCUCAGUGAGAACUUAGAGCUGUCAGUGUCUGACUCUGGGGAGUCCUCCACAGAGAGCAGUAGCUGUGUCAGUGGCCAGAGUGAGAGAGUGGUGGAGGGUAAAACCAAGAGCAGUGGGAAGUGGGUGUCUGCCCAGAGACCCAACACCGAGCAGGAGCAGACCAUCUGGGAGUAUGAGAACCCAGGAGACACCUCCGAUGAAGAACAGGAGGACCUUCCACAUGACGGGGACCUGGGAAGCCAGUACAUUAACCCCACAACCAAUGACAGUGACAAGUCUGAGGAGAAUUGCAAAAUAGCUGAUGUUCUGUCAAAAGACCAAGCUGGAGCAUUGCAUUCAGGACACAAUGUUAGAGAUCAUUUUGACUUGUCAGCAAUGGUUGGAGAGGUCAAUAUCAUACAAGGUCACAUGCAAAUUGAAGUCAACACUAUGAACCAUGUAUCUAUAACUCCACCCGAGGGAGAGGGUAAAGGAGCUUUUUUUGACUCUACAAAACCAGAGGCUGUUCCCACAUGCAGUAGUCCUGUUCGUAAAGUCCCACACCCAGACAUCACCCAGCUGCUGCUCCGUCACUUUUCCCAGGAUGAGCUGUUCUGCUCAGGCAGUCUGAUCGAGGCAGAGACCCUGCCGGAAGUGUCCCUUCUGGAGAGCAUGGACGAGACAGUGCUGAGCAGGGGCCCUUUGCACAGUAGCACAGGGAGCCCCAAUAAUAAUAAUAGUGGAGGAGCCCCACAGCGCAGCAGCGCAGGGGGACCCAGCAUCGAGAGUGAGAGGAGUCAGAGCCUACAGGAAGAAGAUGAAGGGAAGAGUGUUCAAAUGAGUCCAAGAAAAAACCUGGAGGAGAAAAAUGGAAAAGGGACUGCCUCAGAGGGAAAGAACACACGGAGUGCUGAGUCUUACAACAGUGACGUCAACUCUCCUCAAAAUAGUGGCAUAUCAAACAGUAAAAGUGAAGUCCCUGAACAGGACAGUAAUGAUAGCAGUAAUGGUUCAGACCUAACCAAAGAGGAAGAUGAGAAUGAUGAAGAUGAGGAGGAAGACCAUGUCUAUAGAGGUCCCCUGGUCAGAACCAGGUCUUUCAGCGAAUUAAAGUAUGGACAGGGCCAAGUACACUACCCACUCCCUGACUUCUCCAAGGUGGCCCCCAAAGUGAAAAUCCCGAAGAGUACCAGUGUUCCGGUAAGACCUGUCAGCCAUUCUCCCAGCUUCCUCAGAGCUCAGUCCUCGCCAGGCAUGCUGGGUAAGUCCUCUGCUUUGGAGGUGAUCCACAGAGUGAUGGAGGACUCUAUUCAGUCCUCAGAGAGACCCUAUGUGUUCAGAGACCAGGACAAACAGACAGAAACCUCCCCAGGACUGGUGCGUCAUCUACAGGCUGAAUACGAUAAACUUAUGACUAAGUAUGCAGAGGCUGAGAACCUCAUUGAUCAGAUGAGACUGGGGACAAAAAAUCAAGCGCCCUCUGACCUUACCCUGGAUUUUGACUGUGGUGACCAACAAGACCUUCCGGGUCCUGGUGGAAGCCAUUUUGGAUCUAUGCUCUUCCCCAACGCCCCAUCUCCUACAGGCAAGAUGCUGUCUCUGACAUCUGAUAUUAUGACGGGUCCUCGCUCUGUUACAAAUUACCUGGCCAAGAGACAAUUUACCGAUGGUCCAAACCAACAAAACCACUCUAAACAGCCUAGCACUUCUCCGACCCAGACGGACCAACAGAGUGAAGGGGAAAGGAUGACCAGGGAGUUGAGGGAUAUUAUCAGUCAGUUUUUGCUGAAGGUGGAUGAAUUCAAAACGUGUCUGACCACAAUGUCAAUUGCUAUUGAAGAGCAAGAAAUGGUGUUUAAAAGUAUGAUGGAUUCCCAGGACCAGCUGGAGAGGCAGUACAUCAGUAAGAAGGAGGAGCACAGAACUCUGGAGAUGCAGAACUACUUUGGCCUGGCCAGGAACACAGGCCAGUUCGACCCCGAAAGGCAGGUGGAGGGGGAGAUAUUCAGGAUAGGGAUGCGUCUAGAGGACAUUAAAGAGCUGAUUGACAGGAACGUGUGUGAGCAGCAGCUCUCCCCACCCCACUCAUCCUCCACACUCCUGUCACUGUGUGGGGGUCCCAGUCUUCCUGGUCUGCUCACCCCCUCACUUCCACCACCCAUGCAUGAGGGUCUCACAUUACAGAUUCCAGGCCCCUGUUUUUCCACUGGGGGUUAUGAGACAGUGGAGAGGGAGGAAGAGGAGGACGAGGAAGAGGCCAGAGAGGUCCAUGGACAUGAUGGUUUAGACCAGAGCUGUGAUCUCACACCUGCUGACCCCCAACUAAACAGCACAGGACACAGCAGUGUCAGUCUACGGAGGCUCUCACAGGGCUCCCUGGAGACACUGGACAUCACCAACACAGAGGAAGAGGAGGAGGAAGAAGAGAGGAGGAGCUGGACCUGCUCGGGCCUAUCUGAGGGGAUAGCUCAUGAUAAGGUUCUGCAGUAUUUGGCUCUCCAGAACCCGGGAUUUCGAGACAGAUUGUGGACACCUGAAAGCCUGCAGCAGAGUCCCCUGAGCCCAGACUGUGACCUGGGAGGGAGUGUGAGUCUGGCUGUAGAGGUUUCCUGUUCCUCUUAUCUGAAGAGCCAGUCCCAGAGCAUCACAGACCACACUCUCACCACUUCCCAGAGAAUAGUGAGUCCAGAGACAGACAGUGGGUUAGGGAGCUCUGACUUGAGUCUACAAGCCACAGGACUAUCUCAACCAAAACUCCAUACAGAAAGGCUCCAGUUCCAGCCUGAUGGGAAUUCCAGUCCGAUCAGUAUGAGUGACAGUGAAGGCUCCUGCGCCAACCUGCAGACCACUAUGCAUCAGCCUGUACAGGGAUAUUGGAGAGAGGAGACCCAGCCUACAGACACCUGCUCAGCUGCAGCUUUGCGCCACUGCGGUGGACCACUGGGUGACCAGCACUACUCAGAGUGUACCUGCCGGACUGCAUGUUUGGCCAUCCAGGCCCUGCAGUCGGAGGUGUCCCAGCUGAAGAGAGACCUGGAGGAGGGUCUGGUCCAGCUGCCACACCUCUCCCAGAGGAUGGAUUACCUGACCUCCAGAUGCAGGCAGAACAGAGACAGAAGGCCCAAGACCCGGCCCAGAACACACCACAAACCAGCAGGGAGCAGACAGAGUCUGACCAACACCAACUCCAAGAUAGAAGACUGGAUCUCCUCAGAUAUGGACCCUAGCAAGAGCAAAGCAUCAGAGGAGAACCGUUCUCUGGAGACCUCCAAUCUCACCCAUCCCAGUCCUCCAGCACUCUGGCACUCAUACAAGAACUUCAGCUACAGAUCUCCACCACCACCAGGUGACAUGGAGAAUGUCUACUCUAAGGGCAGGUAUCCUCUCUCCUCUCAGCCUCUCCAGAAGCCUCUGUUGCAAGUCAACUAUGGCUCAUCCUGCAGUUUACCUGCAGGUUUCAAAGUGCGAGAGCAGCAGUCUGUCUCCCACCAUCGGAGGCGCUCUACCCAGUCAGACUCAGCACUGCUGCCCAGCAAUGUGUACUUUCAGCGGACGUUUCCCCCAGCUCUCAGCCCCCCCAGGACUGGGGGCAGAGGCAGCAGGCACAAAGCCAGCAAGGAUGAGGAUAUCAACAGGACAUUGGACAGGGCUAUCGAGGCAGCCCGCAUUAUGAAGAGGACCACUGAUAGGAUGGCCAAGAGCCUGUCAGCUGACCUUGCCAAGGUUGAGCUGUAUAGGAAGUUACACGGCUUUCACCCAUUGACAGGGAGGAACAAUACUGGCUCAUAACACCCUAAUUGACACACUGGAGAUACUGCUGCUACUAUAGAGCUGGUCCAGGAUUAGCUAACCAGUGAAUUUAGCAGGGAUUGUUUUGUAUACAGGUGAAGUCAGGAAGUUUACAUACACCUUAGCCAAAUACAUUUAGACUCUGUUUUUCACAAUUCCUGACAUUUACUCCUAGUAAAAAUUCCCUGUUUUAGGUCAGUUAGGAUCACCACUUUAUUUUAAGAAUGGGAAAUGUCAGAAAAAUAGUAGAGAAUGAUUUAUUUCAGCUUUUAUUUCUUUCAUCACAUUCCCAGUGCGUCAGAAGUUUACAUACACUCAAUUAGUAUUGGUAGCAUUGCCUUUAUAUUAUUUAACUUGGGUCAAACGUUUCAGGUAGUCUUCCACAAGCUUCCCACAAUAAGUUGGGUGAAUUUUGGCCCAUUCCUCCUGACAGAGCUGGUGUAACUGAGUCAGGUUUGUAGGCCUCCUUACUCACACACACUUUUUCAGUUCUGCCCACAAAUUUUCUAUGGGAUUGAGGUCAGGGCUUUGUGAUGGCCACUCCAAAACCUUGACUUUGUUGUCCUUAAGCCGUUUUGCCAAAACUUUGGAAGUAUGCUUGGGGUUAUUGUCCAUUUGGUAGACCCAUUUGCGACCAAGCUUUAACUUUCUGACUGAUGUCUUGAGAUGUUGCUUCAAUAUAUCCACAUAAUUUUACUUCCUCAUGAUGCCAUCUAUUUUGUGAAGUGCACCAGUCCCUCCUGCAGCAAAGCACCCCCACAGCAUGAUGCUGCCACCCCCGUGCUUCACAGUUGGGAUGGUGUUCUUCGGCUUGCAAGCCUCCCCCUUUUUCCUCCAAACAUAACGAUGGUCAUUAUGGCCAAACAGUUCUAUUUUUGUUUCAUCAGACCAGAGGACAUUUCUCCAAAAAGUAUGAUCUUUGUCCCCAUGUGCAGUUUCAAAACGUAGUCUGUCUUUUUUUAUGGUGGUUUUGGAGCAAUGGUCUCUUCCUUGCUGAGCAACCUUUCAGGUUAUGUCGAUAUACUUUCAGGUUAUGUCGACUCAUUUUAUUGUGGAUAUAGAUACUUUUGUACCUGUUUCCUCCAGCAUCUUCACAAGGUCCUUUGCGGUUGUUCUGGGAUUGGUUUGCACUUUUUGCACCAAAGUACGUUCAUCUCUAGGAGACAGAACGCGUCUCCUUCCUGAGCGGUAUGACGGCUGCGUGGUCCCAUGGUGUUUAUACUUAAGUACUAUUGUUUGUACAGAUGAACGUGGUACCUGCAGGCAUUUGGAAAUUGCUCCCAAGGAUGAACCAGACUUAGCUGAGGUCUGAUGUUUUUCCCAUGAUGUCAAUCAAAGAGGCACUGAGUUUGAAGGCAGGCCUUGAAAUACAUCCACAGGUACACCUCCAAUUGACUCAAAUGAUGUCCAUUAGCCUAUCAGAAGCUUCUAAAGCCAUGCUAUUAUUUUCGGGACUUUUCGAAGCUGUUUAAAAGCACAGUCAACUUAGUGUAUGUAAACGGCUGACACACUGGAAUUGUGAUACAGUGAAUAAGUGAAAUAAUCUUUCUGUAAACAAUUGUUGGAAAAAAUUACUUGUGUCAUGCACAAAGUAGAUGUCCCAUCCGACUUGCCAAAACUAUAGUUUAACAAGAAAUUUGUGGAGUGGUUGAAAAACAAGUUUUAAUGACUCCAACCUAAGUGUAUGUAAACUUCUGACUUCAACUGUAUGUCAUCCCCUUCCCUACCAGUUGCCCCUGGCUGCUGCAAGUGCUCCACUGCCCUGCUGUUCUCAUCUGUCCUCCUUGUGUAACGGAUGUGAAAUGGCUAGCUAGUUAGCGGGUGCGCGCUUGUAGCAUUUCAAUCAGUUACGUCACUUGCUCUGAGACAUUAAGUAGGGUUGCCCCUUGCUCUGCAAGGGCCGUGGCCUUUGUGGAGCGAUGGGUAACGCUGCUUCGUGGGCGACCGUUGUUGAUGUGUGCAGAGGGUCCCUGGUUCGCGCCCGUGUCGGGGCGAGGGGACGACGUAAAGUUAUACUGUUACACUUGGCUCAUCUGAAAGGUAGCAAGAUAGAGGUGCAACUUGUCACUGGUUAGUUUAAGGGAAACUGCAGUUCCUGAUUUGGACUCGUUUUAGGUUUGGGUCAUUAAGAAAUGCUAGUGGCCAUGACUGAACUCAAACGUGAGUUGGUUUUCGGGUGUGGUUUGAUGUGAUGUCUCGUGUGUUCGCAGGUGGUAAGUGUUAGUCAAAUUAUUUCACCAUUUCGCCAGUUGUACAACUGAAUGUGUCUUACACAUUUAAACAGCCCGUCUGAAUCAGAGUGGCUGCCAUAAUUGACAUCCAUGUCUUCUUCGCCCAGGGAACAGUGGUUAACUACCUUGCUCAGUGGCAGAAUGACAGAUUUUUACCUUGUUAGCUCGGGAUUCAAUCCACAACCUUUCGGGUUACUGGCCCAACGCUCUAACCACUAGGCUACCUGCCGCCCCAAUUAGCUUCAGCUGGCUGGUGUGUGACCUUACUUUGACUAGCCUAUCUCCGUGGCUAGUUAGCAACCCUCAAUAAAUUACACAAUGUAAAUUAGACUAUUUUCAUGUUCCACACUGUUACGUACACCUCUUGGAGGGACACCCUGCUACAACUCAACUCCCUGUGGAGUGAAAAAAGGUAUGUGAUUGUAGGUGUUGCUGGUUUUGCUGGUAAGGAUGACAGAGGCAGAGAAUAUUACCAUUUACAGGGAAUGUAUUCUUCCUUCACACUGAAAGGUGGGGAAAAGGGGCUGGACAGAACCAAAGCAAAGAAACUAAAAGUUAGUUUCCCCUCUCCUACCUUACCUGCCUACCCACUGGUUACCUACGGUAUUCAUAACGCCACCUGGCGCGCUAACCAAAAUACAGAGGGUGGUCCUCCCAGGUCUUACCUAGUGUGCAUAGUCAUAGUAAAUACUACAGGUAUAUGUAUGCCUGCAGGACUCUUGCCUAAACACUCCCUAGGUCCCUUCCCCCCCUGGGAACAAAUGAAACAGAAUAAUUCACCAAACUUGGUGAACAACUUGAAUAAACCAAAAACACUAGGUAUUAUGGUAUACACAUACCUCUACAGGAGCGGCUACAAACCACUUCACAACACUUUCUAACCAACACAGCACAUACAUACUCUCUCCUAACAAAGGAACACUGCAUUUUCAAGCUGCAGAGGGAGUCAGUAAUUGCAGACAGCUGUAUCCCCUGACGAGAGGGCGGGGUCAAAACUCCAAUUAGUGAUGGGCCAACCAAUCAGCUGUUUUGGAAUCCAGGAAGCCAUUUCCUGAAAUACACACACACACAUAUACACAAACCCACAACAACACCGAAACUGGGGAACGUAACACACACAUUUUUGUUUUCUCAUUAAAUGCUUUCAAUAUUUGUACAUGUACGUCUACAAUUUAUAGUUUGUUUGAGGGUUUUAAGUCAUUUGGAGUUUUUGGAAUUUUAACAUAUUGUACCAUGUACAUUGUGUAAUUUGCAGAACUGAACUGAUGAUUACUUGUGUGCUGCCAGCUGUGGGCUUGAUUGAAACGAAUCCAACCUUAAUUUACAUUGUGAUGCAGUUAUG